GUUUCCCCGUCUAAUUUCACAAUCAUCAUCCUCUUCCAUUCACAACAUCUUCAGACUCACCAGCUUUUCAACAACCCAAACCAGCCAUCAAAAUGCAGAUCUCCCUUUCCACCGCCACCGCCCUCCUCCUCCUCCCUCUCGGCAUCCUCGCCUCGCCCGCCCCAGUUCCCGUUGCUGAGGACGUGGCCGUGCCUGAUGACCUUGAGCUCGAGGCGAGGGAUGCCAAUCCCGGAGAACUCUUCAAGCGUAACGUUCUUUGCAAGAUCACCGGUUCUUCCGCAACCGUGAAUUGCCGCAGCGGUCCCGGCACGGGAUACUCGGUUAUUGCCACGGUGAAGAAGGGCAGUUACUACAGCUUCGGUUGCUACAAGACAGGAACCUGUGUCAGUGGAAACUGCACCUGGGAUAGAAUUUUCUGGGAUGGCAAAUCCUGCUAUGUCAGUGGAUACUACACUGAUAGCGCGUGCUCUGCUUCUGCCCUUGGAAAGUGUUAA